AUGAAAUAUUUAAAGGUUGCAGUACAAGGUUGUGGUCAUGGAGAGCUAGAUAAGAUAUACCAAUCGAUUGUACCGAACGUCGACCUACUCAUAAUCACAGGAGAUUUCCAAGCCAUCAGAAGUGCUCAUGAUUUGAAUAACAUAUCAGUUCCACAGAAAUAUCGUCAACUAGGUGACUUUCAUCAAUACUAUAGUGGAAAGAAAAAAGCUCCUGUCCUAACAAUUUUUAUCGGUGGGAAUCAUGAAUCAUCGUCAUAUCUACAAGAAUUGAGGUUCGGAGGUUGGGUAGCUCCAAAUAUUUAUUAUCUAGGGGAGUUUGGUGUUGUGUGGUACAAAGGAUUGAGAAUAGGAGGAUUAAGUGGAAUUUACAAUGAAAUUUCUUAUAAAAAUGAUAAUGAAGAGAGAUUGCCAUACAAUCCAGGGGAGCUAAGAUCAGUCUACCACGUUAGAGCACGAAGUAUCGCUAAAAUGUUGGCUAUGAGUAGUGAAGAUAAAAUGGAUAUCUUCUUGACUCAUGAUUGGCCUCAGGGAAUUGAACAUUAUGGAGAUUUGAAGCUCUUGUUGAAGCUAAAGCCAUUUUUUAAAACAGACAUAGAGAAAAAUCAAUUGGGUAGUCCACCAGCUAAAGAAAUAGUCAAUAGUUUGAAGCCUAGAUAUUGUUUUGCAAGCCAUUUACAUGUUAAAUUCGAAGCUGUCAUACAAGAAACUUCAAGUGAUGAAAUAGAUCUUGAUAUGGACCUGGAACCAACCAAUGAACUGAAAGAAUCAGGCGAUGUUCAAUUUCUUGCUCUUGAUAAAUGUGGGAGAAAUAGGAAACAUUUGAAAAUCCUUGAUAUUUCCACCAACACUGACCACAUAUCAUUCAAGAAACCCGGCCUUUAUUAUGAUAAUAGGGCCAUUGCUGCAAAUAAGGUAGUAGAAACUUAUAGACUUGAACAUAAAGUAUUACCGCAAGAUAUCCAUAAAUUCAAAAAGCAAGUCGACGAAGAAGUCCUUAAACUAACCCAAUUCCAUCCAGUUCCUAACAAUUUCGAGUUUCAACUCAUCGAUAGUCUAAAUUAUUUUUCCAACAAUCAAACAUUAAAAUACACUGAAGAUUUCGGGAUUCCCUACAGUGCACCAGAAAUAUCGCGAUAA